AUGUCUAUCCACGCUAACGGCCGCACCCCCUCACAGGCUUUCAGCAAAUCCCCCUUCCGCACUAGAUCUGAUUUCCAAGAAGCAUGCCGUGCCAUUCUCGACCCGCUAGUACCACUCUUUACAGCAGGUGGCACACGCGUCAAAGUAGGCACGUCGACGACACGAUUCGAUGAAGGCGGCGCCCAGAUCGAGGGAUACGCCCGUCCGCUAUGGGGUCUAGCCUCGCUGCUGGGCGGUGGAUAUGAAUACCCCGAGGCUGAGCGCUGGCGUCAGGGAAUUAUUAAUGGGACUGAUCCUGAACACCCGGAGUUCUGGGGCCAUAUCGAGGAUAUGGAUCAGCGCAUGGUGGAGAUGUGUCCAAUUGGGUUUGCGCUCGCUGUUGCGCCUCAUGUCUUUUGGGAUCCAUUGACGGAGAAGCAGAGGGGGAAUGUUGGUAGUUGGUUGGCGAGUAUUAAUGCGCGUGAGAUGCCGAAUACGAAUUGGCUUUGGUUCCGUGUCUUCGCAAACUUGGGUCUCAGAAAGAAUGGCGCCGAGUACUCUUUGUCUCGUAUUGAGGCUGACAUGGACCAUUUGGAUACCUUCCAUGUUGGCGGAGGAUGGAGCAAUGAUGGACCUAAGAGUCAUCAUCAGAUGGAUUACUACUCUGGAUCAUUUGCCAUUCAGUUCUUGCAGCUUCUUUAUUCGAAGCUGGCGGGUGACUUUGAUCCCGAGCGUGCCGAGCGCUAUCGUCAACGGGCACGGGAGUAUGCUCAGGAUUUUGUGCAUUACUUUGAUCCUAACGGCAGUGCCAUCCCAUUCGGACGGUCUAUGACCUAUCGAUUUGCUAUGGUUGGAUUCUGGGGUGCAUUAGGCUUCGCAGAUGUCGAACUACCGGAACCACUGACCUGGGGCGUGGUGAGGGGAAUUAUCCUUCGCCAUUUCCGGUGGUGGUCUACGCAGGAUGACAUGUUCAACAACGAUGGCACCUUGAGUCUCGGCUACUCGUACGCUAACAUGUACCUGACGGAGAAUUACAAUUCCCCCGGGUCACCGUAUUGGUGCUGUCUCUCGUUCACACCACUGGCACUACCGGAGGCGCAUCCCUUCUGGUCUGCGGAAGAGGAGCCCUACCCAAGUUCCUCUUUGCCCGAAGUGGUGGCCCUGAAAUACCCCAAGCAUAUUGCCAUCCGUCGUGGUGGACACUCGUUCCUGUUGUCAUCUGGCCAAGCAUGUCACUAUCCCCUCAAAGCGACACAGGCCAAGUAUGGCAAGUUUGCAUACAGUUCUGCCUUUGGAUACUCGGUGCCGACGGGUGGUUACCAGCUGGAGCAGCACGCUCCAGACAGCAUGCUUGCAUUAUCAGACGACGGCGGCGAUAUCUGGCAGACCAGACGGCUGGCGCUCGAUGCGCGUUUCGAGGAACCCGAGCCCAAUGGCCACCCUAUUCUCGUGUCUGGUUGGAAACCGUGGUCAGAUGUUGAUAUAGAGACCAUUCUCAUCCCGCCGACGGAGGAAAAUGAGAACUGGCACAUGCGCGCUCAUCAUGUGCGCACCGGUCGGGCUUUGCAAACCUCCGAAGGUGCCUUUGCUAUUUACGGAUGCCGCAGCGAUAAUGGCCGUACCUUGGGGCCUAUGACUGGGGAUGAUUCUGAGGGGACAAUGCAUGACAGCCGGAGUGGACUCGUGGUUUCAUCGGCUGGAGCUGUUGGCAUUGUCGAGCUCCACUCGGCUAUUGAACGGUCUGGUCGGAUUGUCUUGGCUGACCCGAAUUCUAAUAUCAUUCACGGACGCACGCUAUUGCCGUCGCUUUCGGUGGACUUGGCAGCUGGGCAGGACUGCUGGUUCGUUUCGGCAGUUUGUGCUGUGCCAGACCAUCAACGAGAUUGGAAGGCAGCUUGGGAGAAGAAGCCAGUUAUUCCAGAGUGGCUACAGAAGAGAAUGGAGAGUAUAGAUUAG